AUGGUCGGCGAUGACGCCGAGCUUACAGAGGGGUACUGUAAGGACAGUUUGGUCUGGUAUCUCGUCCUUCUCUCUGCUGCUUGCCACGCCGAUCGCCUCUACUACCUAUUCAGCCUAGAGAACACCUACGUACAAGAUUAUGGGAUGCACGAGCGCAAAUACUUGGCCGUCCAGCAGCGAGGCGACACUAACAGAAAUGGAACCAUGAGUGGCCCACCAAUCCUCCGCCUGUCGAGUGAGCUUCUGCGACUGAUUCUGGAUCAAAUCGAGCCCGACCCUGACAAGACAGUCCCCAUAGACCGGAGACUGUUCUUAUCUGUAGAAAGCUUCGAUCGGCCUCUGGACUCGACUCGUGGGUCCAUCAAAGACAUCGGCAACUUCAGAUGCGGCUGCAGACUGUUUGCAGACGUCGGCGCUCCCCUUCUAUACACUCGAGUCACUGCACGAUUCUCUGAGAGAGGUCUGGCGAAGCUUGAGCAGCUGUCAAGCUGGCCCCAUCUAGCACGGCUCGUGAAGAAGUUCAGCUAUCUUCUGCCGUACUUCUACAGGAACCCUUCUGGUAGUAUCCGUCUUGCCCGACCAGGCACGGAGGAUGGCUCACUCGCAUUCGAUCUCAGUAGUCUUCGGCAGAAGGUAAAGGAGCAGCAGCAGAUUAUCAGCAGCCAUCGAGACGCACGAGUGCUGAAGAAGGCUAUUGCUAGCUUCACAUCGCUACAGUUCGUACAAUUGCUGCGGGUUAGCGACGCUGAAGAUCGGGCCUUAUUGCAGUACAUCCGGCAACAUGAGGAGUUGAGACGUUUCGUGGAUCUCGAGUGGGCGCCAGCGUGUUCUCACGGCUCACAGACCAUCGGUGCAGCGCUCUUGCAUUCGAACGUGCCGUGGUCACGAUUUUCAUCCCCUAUGCUUAGUCCUCAGAGCGCAGAAUUCCUCGCGACUCACAGUCCGCACUCCUUGCCAACGCUAGCUGCGCGACUGACCUGUUUGACACUGCAUUUUGACGACGGCACUGAUCUCGAUCAGAAAAUGAGCGAGCUCUCGGAACUUUUCAGGACUGUCUUCACGACAGCCGUCAAUAUGCAAGCAGUGCAUGUUGGCUUCCCAUCACAUCGGCCGCUGAGUCUUCGACUGGAAGAUGUGUUUCACAACGUGACCUGGGACAAACUAGUGGCAUUUGGUGUGCAAGGCUGGAAGCUUGAUGCAGAGGAGAUCGUGGAUCUAGCACUGCGGCACAAAGAGCGACUAAAGGGUCUUCGACUUCGGGAUGUACUGCUGAAGGAUGGCAGUAUGUGGAAAGAUGUGCUCGCUGCGUUACGAGAGUCGAUGUAUAGGCUUGAGUGGGUUAGUCUGAGGAGAAUAGGCUAUGCACGCCACUUUGACGAGUUAUGGCUGGCUGCAGGAGCAGAAGUGCCAGACGAUCCGCCGCCAGGGGAAAGCGAUAGCGAGGCAAGCGAAGACGACGAAUCACCCGGAACGAUGCAUGGCUCUGGCCAUAUCCAUACUGGCGCCGCUGGAAACAAUAGUGAUGAUGAGGAUGUUACGGACAGCGAAGAGGACUCGGACGACGAGCAUGGUCGAGAAGCGAAUGACAUGGACUUCCCGCCACUCAACUCACCGGACACACCAGGUUCAGCGCCUUGGUGCAACUGUAAUGGUAAGGGUCAUCACGACUCAUCCGAGGAUCUGGACGAUGACGGCACGACAGUAGGCGUCGAUGGCUACACUAUACCGAAUUUUAAACGCAAGGCAUGGGAGAAGUGGGUGGUCAGGCGUUGUCCUGAGCAUGGCGAGCCCUGA